UACCGUUCACCGUUUCAGUUUGCCCUGCUCUAGAGCUCUAUUCGCGCGCACAGCUUCUUCCUUCCUUCUUUCGCAGCAUCUUCUUCCGGAACAUCACACCUCUUUAUUCAGCUUAUUAUAAACUCUAUUCGACCGCUGCCAUCCAGAAUUUUCUCAAUUGCAUAUCACCGGUUGUCAGGUCGCCAACAAGGAUGAAGGGAGCGAAACUAACCGUGGUUUUGAGCGUGUUUUUGGCCUUCGUGCUCCUGACUGAGGCGGCGCGGAACAAGAGAGACUCCAGCAGCCAGAACAGCUUCAGGAGGGCGGCCACGGGCUUCUACCAAACCCUCAGCAGCAUCUUCGGAGAGGACAACAUGAGGGCUGUGCACAAGUUCUUCUCAAAAACGACAGAGAGGUUUGUUCAUGGAGUCGAUUCAUUAGUGGACGCCUUGUGGAAGCUGUGGGUGGAUCUGCUCGAUGUAAUGGGCAUCGACUCCUCGAAUCUGACGCACUACUUCAGCCCAUCGUCUGUGUCCAGUUCUCCUCCUCGUGCGCUCCUCCUGGUGGCAGCCUUGCUGGUGGCUUACUGGUUCCUGUCCUUGUUCCUGAGCGGUUUCUUUUACAUCCUCCACGCAGUGUUUGGCCGUUUCUUCUGGCUGGCCCGCGUGGCCCUUUUUGCCCUCUCCUGCCUGUACAUUCUGCAGAAAUUCGAGGGUGACCCGGAGAAGGCAGUGCUGCCACUGUGCUUCAUAAUGGGCAUGUACUUCAUGACGGGACCGGUGGGAGCAUACUGGAGGAAAGGGGGAGGAUCUGGAAAUCUGGAGGAUAAGAUCGACAACCUCGAUACACAGAUCCGCCUCCUUAACAUCCGCUUGAGCAGAGUGAUUGAAAACCUAGAGAAAUGA